AUGAAUCUUCUUUUGCUGUCUUUGCUUAUUAUACAAAACGUCACGAGCUAUUUUGAGAAUUUUAAAAAUGGAGUCAACACACAGUUCGUUAAAGAGAAAGUGAAGUAUGGCCCUGGAAACGAAGUGCACAAUUUGAAUACUCUAUGCGGGGGAGACACCCAAGGGAACAGCGCAGCGGCUGGCUCAUAUUUCAAGUUACACAAUUCAAAAAUUGACGUGAAAAAGUUGGACUCCCUUUUAAACGGAUCUAAUUAUCUGAACCCCCUUCAUUAUCUACUAAAAAGUAGUGAAUCCAUGAAAAUACUCGCCAACUCAGCUAGCCAGUUGUCAUCAUAUAGGUUAUCUCGAAAACUGAAUGAUGAUUCUUCAGACUACGAUGAUUCCUCAAACUACGACGAUGGGGAAGACGAAGACAGUUUUAUAGAAACGGAUGAAAAUGACGAGACAAUCGAUAAAGACCAAGAUAAUGAAGAGAAGGAUCAGUUCGAUGACCAAAACGCAGAAAGCUUUCUCGAAAAAGAUGAGUACGACGAUAUGAAUGAUAGCGAUAACGAUCACGACGCUGAGAGUGAUGAUUUUUCCGAAGACCAUGAAGAUAGUUUCCUUGAAAAGGAUGAAUACGAUGACGCCAGUGACAGUGACAACGACAACGACGAAUUCUAUGAUGAGGAUGCUGACAGCUUUCUAGAACAGGAGGAGUACGAAGAUGUAAGUGAUAAUGAAAAUGACGAAUUCGAUGAGGAACAUGGGGGCAGCUUCCUAGAGAAGGAGGAUGGCGAUGAGGAUACCAAUGACUACAAUGGAAAGGAUUACCAAGAGGAAUACCAGGGUAAAAUGACUGACGAUGAUUACCCGGAUGAGUACGUUGGACUGGACGACCUGAAGAAAGGAAAUGAAAGUAAUUUAAAAGAAAAGAAAAACAAAGAUAAGGAAAGCUUUUUAGAAAAGAACGUGAAUGGACACACAGAGGAAGAAGAUGAAAAGCACAGUACCUUUGUGUCCAGCUACUUAGAUAAGGACAACACAGAUGAUAAAUACAACGACGAAUUUGAUGAUGAGGAAAGCUUUCUAGAAGAGGAUUCGUAUAGCAAUAAUAACGAUGAGGAGACCGAUGACACCUUCGAUAAUUACUACGAGGAUAGCUUCUUGGAGCGCGGAAAACUCGGAAUGUCAUACAGUGAUUACUACGAGGAGGAUGCCGACGAGGAAGACGCCAAGGGGGCCAGCGAAGACGCCUUCGACAACCACCACUUGAACCAGAUAACCACCACAAACGAUGUGCACUCAUUUAUCCAGAAGGACAUGGGAUACCUUGACGAAAUAAUCAAUGAAAACGAAACUAUAAAGGAGGCUGUCAAGAAAGGAUCCAAGAAAGGAGUGAAGCAAUCCAUGAAUAAACUUAACCUUCUUGACGAAGAAGACUUUGACGAAAAAGAAUCAUUUACAGAUGAAGAACUAAAUGGGCUCAUGGAAGAAAAUAUGGAUGCAUCUAAGUUAGAUGCGAAGAAAGCUAAACCGAGCUUGAGUAACUCGGAAAAUAAGAAAAAUACAACCAACGUUGAGGGUAAGAGUAGCGCCCCCAACGUCAACGCGGGAAGCUCGACCACCGCAUCGAACGCCACUAUGAAGACCAAGAGCGAGACGAGCAAAAAUCAAACCGAUUUGUCGAAUGAAGAUCUGUUCAAUGACGAACUCACAGAAGAGAUCAUUGCAGAUUCGUACGAAGAGGGAGGAAACCUAGGAACCGAGGAAGGUGAAAGUCUCACAAAUUCACUUAACGACAAACUCCUAGACCAAGGAGUGAAUGAAAACACCCUGCUGAACGAUAACAAUAUGAUUUACAACGAACAUAUGGUUCCACAUAAGAAGCGAGAAUUGUACAUCUCUCCGCACAAUCAUGCCUCUGAGACAAACAAUAAAAAUGACAAACAGCACGCGGUAGAUGCGGACGCCUUGGACAAAAAACUGAUGGCUCAUGAACUGCUGGAGCUAGAAAAAGGAGAAGGCAACAACUCAGUCAUUGUAGAAACGGAAGAAGUGGAUGUUGACUUAAACGGAGGAAAAUCAAGCGGCUCCUUUUCCUUCCUCAGCUCCGUUGUUUUCUUGCUGAUCGGAUUACUAUGUCUCACUAGUUAA